AUGGCUUCUAAAAUGAGAGCAGUUGACAUCAAGGAUGGGAAGGGGCCCAAGGAGAGCCUCUUCAUCAACGAUGAGACGCCCAAGCCGAUAGCGGGCAGCGGCGAGGCCCUGGUGAAGAUCAAGGCCUUCGGGAUAAACCGCAUGGACCAGAUCCAACGUCUUGGCAUGUACCCGCUCCCGCCCCGGGCGCCCAAGACACUGGGAGUAGAGUUCAGUGGGACGAUUGAGUCCUUCGGCGACGGCGAGCACGGGGAUUUCAAAGUCGGGGACGAGGUCUUUGGCCUCGCGUACGGCGGUGCCUACGCCGAGUUCAUCGCCGUCAACAGCAAGAUGCUGCUGCACAAGCCGGACUUUCUGUCGUGGGAGCAGGCUGCCGGUAUCCCCGAGACCUGGAUCACGGCAACGCAGGCACUCUUCCUCGUGGGCGAGUUCUCUAAGGGCAAAUCUGUACUCUGGCAUGCCGGCGCCUCAGGCGUCUCCAUCGCAGGCAUCCAACUGUCCAAGGACGCCGGUGCGUCUGCCGUUUAUGCAACAGCCGGGUCUAAGGAGAAGUGCGAUUUUGUUGUCAGCGAGAUCGGCGCCACCGCCGCCUUUAACUACAAGGAGGAGGACUGGGCUGAGAAGAUCAAGGAGGCGACAGGCGGCAAAGGUGUCGACGUGAUUAUCGACUUCGUCGGCGGCAGCUACUUCCAGAAGAACCUCGAUGUCGCAGGGCGGGACGCACGAAUUGUUAUGCUUGGCCUACUGGGCGGACCUAACAUUGAAGGGGCUAAUAUUGGUCCGCUGUUGUACAAGAGGAUCAGGCUCGAGGGCAGCACGUUGCGGAGCAGGGACGUCGAGUAUCAGGGCAAGCUAAGGGAUAGGCUGGAGGAGUACGUGCCGCACUUCAAGACGGGCAAGCUCAAGGUUGUCAUUGAUACAGUGCUGCCCUGGGAGAAGAUCCAGGACGCUCAUGGGCUGUUGGAGGCGAACAAGAACUCGGGAAAGAUUAUCUGUACGAUCUCCUAG